AGGAAACCUGGUGCAUUUCAUUAGCCGAGAGAGUGCGUUUCAAUCGGGUACUAUCUUUGAUUGGACUGAACUCUUUAUGGAAGAGGAAGGGGUUUCGCGUUUAUUCCGUUCGCGCUUAAAUAAUGUAGAAUAACCGAGCAGGUGCUGCAGCUGCGAUUUUAUUACAUAAGUUAUAUAAAAGGUUUUGGGUGACUCUGGCUGCAGUGAAAAGUGGAAUGUGCGACGUUUAGGAAAGAUAAAGUGAUUCGAAGUUGUGCUGGGCGAUGUAGAGAAGUGAACUGACUGUACUUUUGAUUUAAAGUCCAUCAUGGAGGUCCGAAAAGUGCUCGCGUGUGUUCUCUUCAGCGUGUUCUUGUGGUCAGGGGACGCUCAAGACUCGGUACCUGAUUCAGUUCUGAACUGCUGCGAGGGUGACGUCCUCUUCCUCUUGGAUUCCUCAGGAAGUGUGGCCUCCUAUGAGUUCUUCCGCAUGGUAAACUUCCUGUCUGAACUAGUUCUGCCUUUCUCAUUGGGGCUGGAUCAGGUAAAGGUGGGGCUUCUGCAGGUGGGGACCGAGCCCCACCUUGAGUUUGGUUUUGACACCUACAACUCCCAACAAGGACUGCAGGAGGCUCUGAAGAGGACUAGACAGCUAAAGGGUGAUACCAACACGGUGGACGCUUUACUAAUGGCCCGGGAUCAGGUUUUAAAACAAGGUGUACCUGGAGGGGCAAGACCAGAUCUGCCCAGAGUUUUAGUUUGGCUCACGGAUGGAGUAGAUCCCGGUGCGGUGCAGGAGCCAAUGGCGAGACUGCGAGACGAGGGUGUGGCUGUACUGGUGGUUUCCACCGGUCACGGGAACUACCAGGUGCUGAGAGAUGUCGUGAGCCCACCUGCUGAGGAACACCUGUUCUUUGUGGACAUUGACGACAUAAGCAUCAUCACCGAAGACUUGAGGAACGCGAUUAUUGAGAUUAUUCGUGCCGAGAGGCUACAGGUGAAGUCGGUCACUACUACUACUGCCAUGCUGGAAUGGAGGCCAGUGUUGGCUGGCACCGGCUACUAUGAUAUCCAGUUUGGGCCUGUCCGAACAGGGGGGAACGAAGGGCCAGGGGGUUCAGGAACCAGCCCCGGGACAGGCUUGGAACCUUUUAAGAGAAUCACCCGACCUGGAGAUGCCAGCUCGGCUCACCUGAUUGGCCUUCGUCCAGACACCACGUACCAAGUCACACUUACCCCGAAGGCUAACCUGGACUUCCUGAACUCUCUUUCUGCCACCUUUACCACAGAACCAGUCAAUCCACCCCAGCCUGAAGUCCAGACCCUUUCGACAGUCACCGUGUCAGAUUCGACCACUAACAGUGUGCGGGUGAGCUGGGGUCCGCUGCAGCCUCACCUCAUUCAGGAUUACCAGAUUGAGUAUUCAGCACUUCAUACAGGACAGCUUCGGGUCAUCAAAGUCAGUAACCGACAGAACUCCACUGUCCUGACCAACCUCUAUCCUGACACUCAGUACCUGGUCACUGUGAGCGCAAAACACUUCUCCGGCAAAGAGAGAGCCAUGUCUGUGAAAGCCUGUACACAGGAGGUGUUGCCCGCUCUAUCUGAUCUUCAGUUGACCGCAGUGGGCAAUGAGUCAGUGCAGCUCCGGUGGAAGGGGAGCGCUGACGGUCUUCGUGGUUACUGGGUCACCUGGGAGCGAGGUCACAGUCAGCGCUCCACCCUGUACUUACCACCCAACCUCCUGUCCACCACUCUCACUCACGUGCCCCAUAGCGCCCGAGUCUGCGUCUCUCCGGUAUACCGGACCGCCCGAGGGGAGGGUCUCUGCUGCACUGCUUAGUUCAGCUCAGCUGUUUUGAGCUGAAACCGUUGAGCGGUGCUCUUCUAAACACGAAACAUGGAGGGACAAACAACACGUAAAACUUUCCACAAAUGGAGAGAUGGGAAGAAAAGGGAGUCCAGGACACUGUAACUGUCUGAACACCCAUAGAUGGUGAUCUUAAUACACAUCAACACAACAUGCACUGAGAACUGAUACACAAUGAUACACAUACAGUAUGUAACUAAACGAGUCUGAACUCAAAACUGACUAUUGGAAGAAUUAUUAAAAUGAUCAGCAUGCUCUGUGCUUCAGCUCUAUCCACAGAAUGUGUGUCGAUUACCUCAGAAAAUAAUUGACUCAUCCAUAAGUUGACAAACACAAAAAUUGCACUUGCAGUAAUACACUUACAAUACAAGUCUAUGGGGCAAGUGCAGCUUGCAGAAUACAAUUUUUCUUUUUUUUUUUUAUUGUUAAAUAGCUUGUAUUCAAUUUUCUGCCCUACAGUGCGUGUUAUUUGAGCUGUUAAGUUGUCUAAAUCGUAAUUAUAGCAAUGAGACUACAUUUCUAAGCGGAUAAACAACAUUAAAUAAUAAUAAUGGGAAUUAUAUUGGAUUCGAUAAGAUUGAUUAGCAAUUGAAUCACCCUAGUCUCAUGUUUUUGUCUUGUGGCUACACCUUCGAAACGGUGUAUGUUAAGUAACAUGUAUCCCGAUGAAAUGUCUUGCCCCAUAGACUUUCAUUGUAAGUGCAUUACAAUAAUAACAAGUUUUGUUUGUUUUAACAAACGAAAGGGCAAAAUUAUUUUCUAUGGUAUUGAACAGCAUAUCACUGGUGCUUAGCCUACAUCUAAACUUACAUAGAUCAUUUACUGUUUUUUACGUGCCACUAGAAUGUUUAUGCGAUAGAUAUUUGCUAAAAGUUAUAAAGAAUUACAGCACUUAAGCAUCAUUUUGUAAAUAUCUUACAUAUGCUUUUUGUUUGAGUGAUAUUUAUCAGAGACAUAGUUGGUUACUGUAUUUGUUUUUUAGAUUAAUCCAGUUUUUGAAAAGGGAGCAAAAAGACACUUUUAUGGAAAUCUAAAUAUCUUUUGUCACUUGUUAUAUAAAGCAUUAUAUAUAUAUUUAUACAGCGCAUCCGUAAAGUAUUCACAGCGCUUCACUUUUUUCACAUUUCUUUAUGUUACAGCCUUAUUCCAAAAUGGAUUAAAAUAUUUUCCUCAAUUCUACAAAGAAUACCCCAUAAUGACAAUGUGAAAGAAGUUUGUUUGAAAUCUUUUGCAAAAAAACAAAACACAUGUACAAAAGUAUUCACACCCUUUGCCAUGACACUCAUAAUUAAGCUCAGGUGCAUCCUGUUUCCACUGAUCAUCCUUGAGAUGUUUCUACAACUUGAUUGGAGUCCACCUGUGGUAAAUUCAGUUGAUUGGACAUGAUUUGGAAAGGCACACACCUGUCUAUAUAAGGUCUCACAGUUAACAGUGCAUGUCAGAGCACCAACUAAGCCAUGAAGUCCAAGGAAUUGUCUGUAGACCUCCGAGACAGGAUUGUAUCGAUGGCACAGAUCUGGGGAAGGGUACAGAAACAAUUCUGCAGCAUUGAAGAUCCCAAUGAGCACAGUGGCCUCCAUCAUUCGUAAAUGGAAGACGUUUGGAACCACCAGGACUCUUCCUAGAGCUGCCGCCCGGCCAAACUGAGCGAUCGGGGGAGAAGGACCUUAGUCAGGGAGGUGACCAAGAACCCGAUGGUCACACUGACAGAGCUACAGCAUUUCUCUGUGGAGAGAGGAGAACCUUCCAGAAGAACAACCAUCUCUGCAGCACUCUACCAAUCAGGCCUGUAUGGUAAAGUGGCCAGAAAGAAGCCACUCCUCAGUAAAAGGCACAUGACAACCCACCUGGAGUUUGCCAAAAGGCACCUGAAGGACUCUCAGACCAUGAGAAACAAAAUUCUCUGGUCUGAUGAAACAAAGAUUGAACUCUUUGGCCUGAAUGGCAAGCGUCAUGUCUGGAGGACACCAGGCACCGCUCAUCACCUGGUCAAUACCAUCCCUACAGUAAAGCAUGGUGGUGGCAGCAUCAUGCUGUGGAGAUGUUUUUCAGCAGCAGGAACUGGGAGACUAGUCAGGUUCGAGGGAAAGAUGAAUGCAGCAAUGUACAGAGACAUCCUUGAUGAACCUCUGCUCCAGAGUGCUCUGGACCUCAGACUGGGCCAAGGUUCAUCUUCCAACAGGACAACGACCCUAAACACACAGCCAAGAUAACAAAGGAGUGGCUACGGGACAACUCUGUGAAUGUUCUUGAGUGGCCCAGCCAGAGCCCAGACUUGAACCCCAUUGAACAUCUCUGGAGAGAUCUGAAAAUGGCUUGAGAGGUCCUGCAAAGAAGAAUGGGAGAAACUGCCCAAAAAUAGGUGUGCCAAGCUUGUAGCAUCAUACACAAAAAGUCUUGAGGCUGUAAUUGGUGCAAAAGGUGCUUCAACAAAGUAUUGAGCAAAGGCUGUGAAUACUUAUGUACAUUUAUUGUUUUCGUUUUGUAUUUUUAAUACAUUUGCAAAGAUUUCAAACAAACUUCUUUCAUGUUGUCAUUAUGGGGUAUUGUUUGUAGAAUUGAGGAAAAUAAUGAAUUUAAUCAAUUUUGGAAUAAGGCUGUAACAUAACAAAAUGUGGAAAAAGUGAAGCGCUGUGGAUACUUUCCGGAUGCACUGUAUAUGUCAAUAUAUAGCAUUUAACCCUGUUUAAGUUACACUCUUCACCAUAACUGCACAUUUGGUCAGUGCUGAAACCCUGAAUAUCUUGCACGGACCUUAAUGAUGGUGAUUGAAGUAUUGCAGAUGUUGGCUGCAGAUGUUUUGUGGUCAUGGGUCAUUAUUAGUUUGUUCGAAGAACAUUUACUCUGUUUAAGAAUUCCUAACAUCCCUCUGUUCAUGCAUAGAUUGGAAUGAUCUUUUACAGCAUUUUCUCUGUGGUUGUCUUUUCAGUUUCAUUAGCAGGCAGAAAUAUGCAGGCAGGCCAGAUAAAGGUCAAGGAUAGAUUAUCUCUGUACAAGUGUUUUAAUGGUGUUAAUCAUUUUCUACAUCACAACAUCCUAAACAAACCAAAGGAGAAAGCUUUUCAUGCAUAUUCCCAGAUCAUAAAGGAAUGCAAUAUUUUUGUUAAGCUAUUCAUACAAUUGUAGAUGUUUUCCAUCUUUAAGUUUUGCAUCAUUAUGGCAGGUUGAGCUUGUUGCGUUAUGAAAUGGUGCUUGUUCAUUCCCAGCUUCACUGCACGUCUUACAUAUCACUGCUUUCAAAAUGUUUUCAAAUAAAUCAUUUCAGUCUGUGUCAUCGCUUUGUUUCUUAACCUCUGUAAAAGCAAUUAUACCAGAUCAUUUUAUUUACAUAUUUAUAUGUAUUUAUUUUAUACAAAUGAUGCUUUCAUGAUAUUUUUAAUGGUUCUGAUUUUGGAUGAAUCUCACACAAACAUGUCCGGAUCAUUUGUUUUUUCUCUCUCUUUUGUUUCCUAUAAUCCUAUAUAGCAUAACGAAAAGCUUAUUUUGUCAUGUGACAUUAUUUUCAUGACAAUGAAGCACAUUCACAUGCGAUUCUCAUUACUGUUAUUGAGCUAUUUUUGUAUAAUAAUUACCUUUUAUUUAAAUACAAUAUAGUAAAUAAAGUAAAUACUACCAUGAUAAAUAUAAAAUAUUAUAUUUAAAAUAUAAUUAUUAACAUUUUAUAUGUAUAUUUAGCUUAAAAUAUGUAAAAAAAUAUGUUUGUUUUUUUCUCACAAGAAUGUUUUUGCAAAUUAAUGAAAAUUGGACGUGGGGAAAAAUGUCACAAUGCAAAUACUCUAAAGGUCCAGAAGGGAUUUUCUUUCAGUAAAAUAUGAUUUCUUAAGAUGUGAAAUAUGACCUGGACGUGCUAAUAUUCUCUGCAUAACGAAAAGCCAACUUUUGAAAUGUUACAGUAUUUUCAAGACAAUUAAGCACAUUCACAUGGUGAUUCUCAUGACUGUAUUACAAUAAAGCUAUUUUCAUAUAAUCAUUAUUUAUUUAAUUUUAAUAAGAAUAAAUUAAAGAACGUUAAUGCAACCAUGAUAAAUAUAAAUUAUUAUAUUUAAAAUAUAAAUAUUAAAAUUAUGAAGUUUGUUUAAAAAAAUUAUACAAAUUUGAAUAAUAUAUAGCCCUUUUUUCCCCCUCACACAUAAAUAAGAAUUCAAGAAUUAUUUUGCAUUACAUUAUUGAGAAUUGGAGGUGGGGAAUUGUGCUUAAUUAAUGCAAAUAAAAAAAUGGGCUAAAAUUGAUAAAUAUGAUUUCUAAUGGUGUGUAAUAUGACCUGGACACAUGCCGUUUUCAAGAGAUUCAUCCUUUUAGUAAACAAACUAAUUAAUAGCAGACAACAAUUUAAAUCCCAAUUGAAAAGUUUCUCCCAUUUAUUUGUAGAAUUUCACCGCAGGAUAUGGAGGAUGCUUAAUUAAAAAAAAAAAAAAAAAAAAA